CGGCUUGGUUCAGGCUGCUAUCAUAAACAAGAUGGCUGCGUGAGUGUUGAUGCGCCAAAGUUCACUUUUAACUGGCAUUCCUAUACUUGCCACCAUCGACCUCUUUACCUGUGAUAAGGUAAAAUAACGAGGCCUCUGCCGUUUCCAUCCACUGGUUUUGGAUCGAUGUGGUCGAGUGUCUUAGGUGUCAUGGAAGACUGGCUAGAGAGAGUCCCGUUCCAAAGUCCAGACCAGCUGCACUGAGACUCCUCCAUCCAAACCACAUGAUGGAGAUGAGAAAAGCUCAUACGUAGGGACGUCAGCUCAGCACUUCGCUGACAGAUCUGAAUAAACAUUAGACAGCCGAGGUCUGAAUGUGGACCUGAUCUUAUCUUUUUCUUUUUCGUGAUCUGAGUGUUUUUUACACUUCUGAGCCAAACAGAAUGUAAAGAAUGAUGCUGGCCAUGGUGACUUAGUGUAAAUGGCUAUUAAUCAGCGCCGCUCAGUGACAGCAUUUACUGCUCAAUCUUCUUCCCCGACUCUGUUCUUCUCUCGCUCCCUCUCCCCGUCUCUGCCCUUAUUCGUUUGGAGUCGCUGCCACUUGCUGACCUAUCUGGCUUCCCUCCGACAUCACCAUGGUUGCUGGCCUGGUGGUUUUCAAGCUACUGCGAGGUGUCCGUCAGCUGGAACUUCACCGCCUGAUUCUGGCCCUGAUAAUCUUCUCCUUGCUCUCCAUGGCCUUCCUAGCGUACUACGUCUCCAACAGCCCCAAAAUCAAGGACCCCCCACCUUUACCCUUCAGUGAUUGUGAUGGAGGCGGGGGGAUGCAGCUGGGAGUUAGUACUGGCGCUGCUGACAGUGAGACGGGUGGACAGAGGUCGCCUCUUUUUCUUCCUGGGCGCCAGGGUCGACUUCAGGAGGUGAAGACAAUUGACACUUCCAGGACAGAGCCGGUAGUUCUGGUGUUUGUGGAGAGCAUCUAUUCCCAGCUGGGCCAAGAAAUCAUUGCUAUAUUAGAAUCAAGUCGCUUCCACUACCGCACAGAGAUAGCGCCUGCGAAGGGUGACAUGCCCUCACUGACGGAGCACAACCGUGGACGCUACGCGUUGAUUAUUUAUGAAAACGUGCUGAAAUAUGUCAACCUCGAUGCAUGGAACCGGGACUUGCUGGACAAGUACUGUGCUGAAUAUGGAGUCGGUGUCAUUGGCUUCUUCAAAGCCACUGAGAACUCACUUCAUAGUGCACAGCUCAAAGGUUUCCCCCUCUUUCUACACUCACACCUCAGACUCAGGGACUACCGCAUUAACCCAAGUGCUCCUCUGCUUUACAUCACCAAGCCCAACCAGGUUGAGCAGGGUUCAUUGCCAGGGGACGAUUGGACUAUUUUCCUGUCUAACCACUCGACAUAUGAACCGGUUCUUCUGGCCACGUUCAAGUCCUCAGAUCCCCUAGCACAUUCUGGACCGGGCCCUUUGCAGGCCCUCUAUGCCACUGUGGUGCAGGACCUGGGGCUCCAUGAUGGCAUUCAGAGAGUACUUUUUGGAAAUAAUCUCAACUACUGGCUUCACAAGCUAGUGUUUGUAGAUGCCGUCGGCUACCUGACAGGGAAAAGACUGUGUUUGGCAUUGGACCGCCACAUCCUGGUGGACGUGGAUGAUAUAUUUGUGGGAAAAGAGGGGACUCGCAUGAAGGUGUCUGACGUGGAGGCCCUGCUGAACACGCAAAAUAAGCUAAGAGCACUGGUACCUAAUUUCACCUUCAAUCUGGGAUUUUCAGGAAAGUUCUAUCACACAGGUACUGACGAGGAGGACCAGGGAGAUGACAUGCUGCUGCGACACAGGACGGAUUUCUGGUGGUUCCCUCACAUGUGGAGUCACAUGCAGCCUCACCUUUUCCACAACGUCAGUGUUCUCGCCGAGCAAAUGAAGCUCAACAGGAUCUUUGCUCAGGAACAUGGGAUCCCAACAGAUAUGGGCUACGCGGUGGCUCCACACCACUCUGGGGUUUACCCUGUUCACGCCCAACUGUAUGAAGCCUGGAAGGCUGUGUGGGGAAUCAAGGUGACCAGCACUGAAGAAUACCCUCACCUGAGGCCAGCGAGGUACCGCCGUGGCUUCAUCCACAAUGGAAUCAAGGUGUUGCCCAGGCAGACCUGUGGCCUGUUCACGCACACAAUCUUCUAUAAUGAGUACCCUGGAGGCUCAAAGGAGCUGGACAAGAGCAUUAGAGGAGGAGAGCUCUUUCUCACUGUUCUCUUAAACCCUAUCAGCAUCUUUAUGACCCAUCUGUCCAACUAUGGAAAUGAUCGCCUGGGCCUGUACACCUUUGAAUCUCUGGUGAAGUUUGUCCAGUGCUGGACCAACCUCAGGCUGCAGACCUUGCCCCCAGUUCAGCUUGCUGAAAAAUACUUCCAGAUCUUCCCAGAAGAAAGAAACCCACUCUGGCAGAACCCGUGUCACGACAAAAGACACAAAGACAUCUGGUCUAAAGAAAAAACUUGUGACAGACUUCCUAAAUUCCUUAUUAUUGGACCACAGAAAACUGGCACUACAGCACUUCAUUCAUUCCUGAGCCUCCACCCAGCAAUUACCGGCUCCUUCCCCAGUGCUACCACUUUUGAAGAGAUCCAGUUCUUCGGUGGAGCCAAUUAUGACCAAGGGAUUGACUGGUAUAUGGAGUUCUUCCCGUUCCCUUCCAAUGUCAGUGCAGACUUCAUGUUUGAGAAAAGUGCCAAUUACUUUGAUUCAGAGGUGGCUCCCAAAAGAGCCGCAGCCCUGCUACCCAGAGCCAAAAUCCUGGCCGUGCUCAUCAACCCGUCUGACCGAGCUUACUCCUGGUAUCAGCACCAGAGAGCCCACCAGGACCCUGCAGCGCUCAACAACACCUUCUAUGCUGUGGUAACAGCAUCCCCCUCCUCCUCCAGAGCCUUGUUAGUCCUGCAGAAACGGUGCCUUUAUCCUGGAGCCUAUGCCUCCCAUUUGGAGCGAUGGUUGCAAUACUACCAACCAAGCCAGCUGCACAUUGUGGACGGGGCCCUGCUUCGCUCAAAUCCUGUACUGGUGAUGGAGGGGAUCCAGAGGUUUCUUGGUGUUACUCCCGUCUUCAACUACACGCAGGCUCUAAUGUAUGAUGAUGGCAAAGGCUUCUGGUGUCAGCGAGUGGAAGGAGCCCGUACCAAAUGUCUUGGGAAGAGCAAAGGCAGGAAGUAUCCAGAGAUGAGUUCUGAGUCACGUGCCUUUCUAACAGAGUAUUACCGUGACCACAACAUGGACCUGGUGCGACUGCUGAAUCGGUUGGGCCAACCACUGCCAUCCUGGCUACAUCAACAACUCCAGAGCACACGCUGAAGCAGAGGCCACACAUCAGAUGGAAUCUGUGGUCAACAAAAUGGCACCCAACAACACUCUUACCGAGCUACAUUUGAGCUUAUUUUACCAGUACUCCUGAUAAACGGGGGAAAAGGAAGACUGUAUAACAUGAAAUCUUUGCUAACUGUUGGUACUGGGUAGAUCCAUGAAGAUUCUUCUGUUCUGCUGCCAACCUCUUGCUAGUACCAGGCACCGUUCGGCCUCAGUCUGUGUCUAGGACUGGCCCAAUGCAGGACAAAUCAGCUGAGAAUCAAAGAUUCACAGGUACCAACGGGUCUCAAGCUUUAACGACAGAUGAGUCGUGAUAAUGUGAAGAUUCAACAGAAGACUGAAACUGUGUGGGUUGCUGGUUUGGUGUAAAGCGAGGCUUAGCAUGCCCAGAAAGACUGUUGCUCCCUCAGAACCACGGCAAAGGUUUGAGGUCAGAUGAGAAACACACAGACAGGUUGAAGCAGACAAUGUACACACAGCCUGUGUCUUCAUCCACUUUUCUCUCGGAUCACCAGUUGUACUUGAUAGUCAGGCCGUUGGGCUCUAACUGGACAAGUAAAGGCUCUGCAACCAUCUCACAAGGAACCAUAGACACAAAUGUAGCUGUUCAACAAGCUGGGAUGCUUUAUUCCCCUAAUGCUGAACGUUCAUGAAAUUCUAACGGUUCGGUCUCAGUGGUGUCAAUGUUGUGGUGGAUCGAGUGUGGCACAAACAUUUCUACUCCUAGAAUGAGCAACAGAGGGGCUAAUACUUGGCAAUUAAAUAAAAUAUGGCUUUUGGAUAGGGGUUUCCAGUUCAUAACUGCGCUAGUGUUUUUGUAGCAGUGUUUUUUUGGUUCCACCAGCAAAGCACUGAAUCUAGCAACAAUAACAAAAACUAAUACAGAUCUAUCUCAGCACCAACUCUGCUGAACCAGAGGAAAGAACCACUCUCAUCAGAGACUGGAGUCAGGCUCAUGGAGACCAAGAACCAAUUGAUAGUUUUAAGAUCAGCAUGUUAAAAAAAAAAGAAAAAGACCUGCAAAAUGGAAGAUGAAAAUAACAAGAAGAUGGUUUAGCUGAUAGAUGGCAUGGCUCUGUUGUCUCUUAACUAGCUGCUGUUUGUUUUAAUGAAUUCCAUCAAGUUACGUUCCAUCUGACUCCAUUUGUCUGAACACUUUCAGGUCUUUAAUAUCACCAGCUAGUGUUAUAAGUCCUGCCUGAUAUGGUGUGGAUGAGUUCUGUUUCCAACAAUGUUUAUAAAAGCUGAUUGGAGACAAGAAAUGUUGGUCAGAGGGUUAUUUUAUGGCGCGCUCACGCUAGUAUUUAAAAGUAAAACUGCUGAUAUAUGAAAAUAUCUGCAACAGGACAAACAAAUGCAGUCAUUUGAGUCCCUUUUGCAGAAAUUCGGACUGAGAAAUAGUAUGACGGAAAAUGUCCAAAUGUUAAAGUCCAGUUGCCUCUGAUUUAAGCCUGCUUGUGGUUGCCAUGACCCGGAUAACUGAGAAUUUGUAUAGACAUGUUGUAGAACGUUCCAAACUUCAAGCCGGUGGAGCCACUUCCAACCUCUAAAUUCUGACUUGACUAGUUACAGUUUAAGUCCUCUUAUGCUGUAACUUCACAUUAUUUCAACAGCGUAGUAUCAGGGUGGCCAUUUUGACUCUCAAAGUUAUGAGAACUAAGCAUUUACACAUUUUUCGCCUUUGGUUAAACGCAGAGUUAUGCACACAUGCUGAGUCUGUGUAAGUACUAACCUAACUAAGCAUUUCAGCUGCUUUUUUAAUAUGAUUGCAGUAAAAAGUAAAACAACCAUAAAGAUGAGAACACAAGCCAUGUUAGAUUGAAUAAUUGUCAGUUGAGUGUAUUCUUUCAUGUAAGAUGCAGUGUGGCCUGAGCCUACUGGUCCAAAACGCUGAAAUGCCACUAGUCAGUAUAAAGUCAUGUCUGCCUUUGAAGAAUGAAGAAACUCCAGCUGUGGUCCAGGGUGGCCCAACAUGCUGCCAGAAGUUUCUGUAUCCUUUCAUUCAUACAGUAAAUUCUUUAACAUCUGGUGUGGCCUGACCCCCUCUGCUGCUCUGUUGCCUUUUAUUUAAUAAUUUUGUUUUGAGUGGAAUGUAUACCAUACAUUUCUGAGGUUUGCCAUCCAUGGCAACACAGACAAAGCAGGUCAAACAAUGUAUGCAUCUGAAAGAAUAAAACUAAAGGUUAACCCUUUCUUUUUGCAUUUUAGAGUGCAGUGUUUAAGUUGGCAAGGUAAGGAAAUAUAUGAAACUAACCACAAAUGGAUAAGAAGCUCAUUUUGCAUUUCAACUUGUCUUUUCUUGGUAUGUUUCAUGCAGGUUAUGUACAUUUAGAGCGACAUCAAAGUGAUGCUUCUUUCCAAAGUUCUAACAAUAAAAAAAGAGGUUAGGAAGCCAUGAGAUUCACCCAUAUGCUGACUAUAAGAACGGUUACACACGUUCUCCACUCGCUCAUCCUAUUUAUUUUUAUGUGAUUUCCUUUGGAAAUGGAAAGACCUUGUAAUGACAUACUGUAGGACACAUUUUUUAUUAUACAAGGGAAGCAUCUUUUUCUUGGUGUUAAAAAAAUUCAACUGCCUCCUGUCAUUGCAGCUACCUCCGAGUCAUGUCCAUGAGCCCCAGAGACAAUAAAAACCUCCGAAAACUAGAGCCAGUUUUUUUCUGUGAGCAAAACAAACAAGAACUCAACAAGACGGCUACACCGUGAAAAGACAAUUCAAAAUUUUUCAAACCUAAUAAACCUAACACAGAAGUAAACAGGCAUCAGAGCCAGUCCAAAGACGGAUUAAAAGCUGCUGUUUUCACUUUUGUAUUAAUGUUUAAAAAGCUAACACUGUAUCAUGCUUAAUAAACCUCAAGAGUGGCUGAA